GCCGCCACCUUUGAAGAGAAGUAAACAUGAAGACUCUCACCGUGGGACUGCUGCUGCUGCUGUGCGCCGUCUACUGCUGCAAUGCAAUGCCUCAGGGACCAAAUGCCUUGAAGCCCGGGAAGUGCUGCUUUCACUUCUUCACAGGCAGGAUUCCCGUCGGCGAGAUUCGGUCCAUUGCCAAAACUCACGAGAACUGCUCCAAACGAGGAUUUGUGAUCAACACCCCGCGAGGAGACUACUGUGUGGACAUGAAUCAGAAAUGGGCCAUCAAAGCUUUCCUGAAAACCCCGAAGCAAGUUGCCACGUCCGCUUCCCUUCCGGUCUAAACGGCAUGAAGAACGUCUCUCUGCAGCGUCACAGCAAGGUUCAAAACUUUGUUCAUCACCGAGGAAACAAAACAGCUGACAGAUUCUGAUUGUAAUCUUACAUAUAUCCUAAUCAUGUAUUAUUUUACUUUGUAUGCAGCUUACACAUAAAUAUAUAUUACAGUGCUACUUCUGAUACUUUACUAUUAAAGUUUUAUUUCACAAGAAUGAGACUUG